UUACACACAUCUACAGUAAGUGUCCAGUCCAGACUCCAGCUGGGAACCCCCGAGCAGCUCUGCUGGAGCAGCCGGGUUAAGUGCCUUGCUCAGGGACAGGAAGAUGAGUUGGCUGACGGGUGUGUAAAGAGCGAACAGCGAAGAGAGACAACCCCACCCUCAUUUUCCACUUCUCUCUCCGUGGAUUCGAACCACCGACUUUCCCCGGUUACAGUUCCCGCUUCUCAAACAACCACACUGGGCUAUAAAGAAACCAGGGAGACACCCGUGUGCCCCCUGAGUAACUUGUAUUCUUGAUUCUCCUUUAAAUCUCCCUGGCUGGUUACUACCUCUGCCACUACCAUCAUCAGCAGCAGCGCUGCUUCUUGAUGUUGUGGUCGGGAAUACGCAUGCGCCCGGCAUUGGAAUUACUGCACUGGCAAGAAUAAGUUGGACAUCGUCUGUCUUCACUAAAAGAAAAAAAAACAUAUCAUAAGUAUGGCAGUGUUCAGAAUAAGAAGAAUGAGGUGUUUUUGCGUCUGGUUGUUCCCCCUCGUAGUGGCCGUGGUGUGCGCCCAAAGUGCCGGUGUCAAUGACCCUAGCAAUAUGUCUUUGGUUAAAGAAACGGUGGACAGACUGUUGAAAGGUUAUGACAUACGAUUGAGGCCAGAUUUCGGAGGUGCUCCGGUUGGAGUGGGAAUGAAUAUAGACAUAGCCAGCAUAGACAUGGUAUCAGAAGUCAAUAUGGACUACACUUUGACGAUGUACUUCCAGCAGGCCUGGCGAGACAAGCGGCUGUCCUACUCUGAGAUCCCCCUCAACCUGACCUUAGAUAACCGGGUGGCUGACCAGCUGUGGGUUCCCGACACCUACUUCCUCAACGACAAGAAAUCGUUCGUCCACGGUGUCACAGUGAAAAAUAGAAUGAUCCGACUGCACCCGGACGGCACCGUACUGUACGGUCUAAGGAUCACAACCACUGCCGCUUGUAUGAUGGAUCUAAGAAGAUAUCCACUGGAUGAGCAAAACUGUACACUUGAGAUAGAGAGUUAUGGUUACACUACAGAUGACAUAGAGUUCUACUGGCGAGGAGGAGACAACGCGGUGACGGGGGUGGACAAGAUUGAACUCCCCCAGUUCUCCAUUGUGGAUCAUAAGCUCAUCUCCAAGAAUGUCGUCUUCUCCACAGGUGCUUACCCUCGUCUGUCCCUGAGUUUUAAGCUGAAGAGAAACAUUGGGUACUUCAUCCUGCAGACAUACAUGCCUUCUAUCCUCAUCACCAUCCUCUCCUGGGUCUCCUUCUGGAUCAACUAUGAUGCGUCUGCUGCCAGAGUGGCUCUAGGUAUUACCACGGUGCUCACCAUGACUACCAUUAACACCCAUCUGAGAGAAACCCUCCCCAAAAUCCCCUACGUCAAGGCCAUAGACAUGUACCUCAUGGGCUGCUUCGUCUUUGUCUUCCUUGCUCUGCUGGAGUACGCGCUGGUAAACUACAUCUUCUUUGGACGGGGCCCUCAGCGUCAGAAAAAGGCAGCUGAGAAAUCAAUGACAGCCAACAAUGAAAAGAUGAGGAUGGAUCCAAACAAGUGGCUGGUGGGGAAUGUGGUUGGCAGAGAUGAUACUCUGUAUGCAAGAAUGAAACAAAGAGAUCUCGAUGGUCAUGACUCGAUGUGGGAGCCAAUCUUUGUGGAUGACGCAGCAAUUGGACUGGGUGAUCAAAAGAAUAAGAUGGACCCACAUGAAAACAUCCUUUUGGGCACCUUGGACAUCAAGAAUGACAUGGGCGUUUCAGAGCUGGCUCUGGGUCUCAAUGACCCACGAAAUACCAUGCUGACAUACGACAGCUCAACUUUACAGUACCGCAAAGCAGGGAUGGCCAGGCACAACUUUGGGCGAAAUGCGCUGGAGCGCCACAUGACUCAAAAGAAGAGCCGACUACGGAGGCGCGCUUCACAGCUAAAAAUCACCAUCCCAGACUUGACUGACGUAAACUCUAUUGACAAAUGGUCGAGGAUGAUUUUCCCAACAGUCUUUUCCUUCUUCAACAUCGUUUACUGGCUUUACUAUGUCAAUUAAAAAGAAAAAAGAACAUCAGUGAGGGCAAGAACAAACAGCAAAAUAUGUUGCUCAUUUCUUGUUUGUAUCUGGUUUGUUUUCAUUUUAAUGUGAUCUUGUAACACUGGACUGAAUUACUAUAUUCAGGACUGGAUCCAUCAUAUCUUGGAAUACCACAUUUGCUGGCUAACACGUGAAAACCUUAUAGAAGAGAGAUUACAAACAUAUAAGGUGCCUGUUCCUGAGUAAUUGUUCAAAAUUUUACAUAUUUUGUGAAUUGUGUAUCUUACCAUUUUUUAAAAUGUUUGCAUAUUUUUUAUGUUUUUAUUAUGUUAGAUUUACAAUUUACAUAAUUCAUUGCCAAAAUACCAUAUCAGUUAGAUACAAAUUAACAUGUUGACAUAUUAGUUUUAAAUGACCGUUUACUUUCCCUGACACUACUUACAAGUGCUGAAGUCAACAUGGUUUACUAAGAUUAAUUAUGUCAAAGAAAUAUUAACUAUUGUUACUAGAAUUAAUUUGAUACCAAUAUUAUAAGGGCCUGAACUUCACAAUUUACAAUAUCAUGUAAUGUAAAAGACAUUUAUGAUCAACCUUUUUGUACUUUAAUAUACUUUUCAGUUCCUAAACCAUCUUAAUAAGGUGGCAUUACAUACUAUCAACUAAGAUCAUUCCAGAACUUCCAGGUUUUAAUUCAGAUUGCACUUAAGAAGCCUGUUGAAAGUCAAAAAUGUAUGAAACUAGUACAGCCAAUCUGGAUUGUCAUUAUUGUGUUCUGUGUACUGUGUCAAACUGUUGAAAGAAAGUAAAGACAAAACAAGAGUGAGAAAAAUAUGUAGGAAAGAAGAUAUCAAAUAUUUGUCUUUAACCAAAUUGGCUUUAGCUUCUUAUAUAUUAUUAUAAUUAUCAAUAUUGGAUUUUAUCCCAAAGCACAUGUUCAUGCAAUAUAUGUCUUUGGGGAAGAUUGUAUCUGAAGAAAGUAGUUUAGUCUUUAAGUAACUGUUAAUGUAAAUAUCACAUGUAUAGGAUUAAUUAUAGGGAAAAUGACCAACAAAAUUCCUUCUUCAGCACUCUAUUCUCACUUUCUCGGAUAAUUAUUUACACUGAUACAAAUCGUUCACAACUGCUGAAAAGGCACUUUAUCAGAUAUGAUCAUUCUUCCAUGGUUCAAGAAGAACACAGAUGGUGAAGCUAAAAUGACUCGACUGGUCUGCAGGAGGGCGAGAAUGCAUAAAAAGCACAAAAAUCAUCAAGUAUCAGGUGUCAACACCGGAAUUUUAAUACAAUUUUUUUAAUGCAGAUAAUUUUUCUUUUUGUUUCUAAUGGUUAUAUACUAUAUCUGCCUCCCAAGACAGAUUAUUAUAUUUAUUAUUAUAGGUUUAAAACCGCUUAGUCACUUAUUGUUUCCAGAUUAAUCAAUGGGUUGAUGAUCAUAAAGGAUAUAGCCGUAAAGACAAAACAAAUUUACAGAUUAUAAUUGCAGAUUAUUUACUAAUGACGCCGUGCUUUUGACUGUAUGUACACAAGGUAGAUUUUAUAAAAGAUUUUGCACACAAGUUCUUAAAAGCCAUAGAGGCUGUACCGUAGUUCUUCUAAUACCUGGUGCUUAUGGGGGCUGUCUUAAGAGGAACUUUAUUGAUAUGACUAUGAUUACACUUUAUGUCUCAGUUACAACAAGGUUAAAAUGUAAAAAUACAACUAGGGCUGCAAUACACAAGAGUGUCAUAUCCUUCUCCCCACAGAUCUGCCACACUGUCUGUCUGAAUGAACUGUGGUGUUUAAAGUCUCUUUUCUGUAUUAGUACUAAAUCAUUCAUCAAAGAGUUAAAUGUAAACUAUCGCUCGGAAUUCAGGUUGGAUGAGGCGACAAAAAAAAAAAAAGAAAAAAAAAAAAAAGAAGUUGGUUCGUGCAAGUGAGUGACAGAGGCUCAUAUAUGAAAUUGUGCCAACACGAACAUUAGUAAAGAUGUAGAAUGGAAGAAGGGGUAACUCCAAAUAUCACACAGAAAUGAGAACUAGUAACCGGAGCUUUUGUCUCCUUUGAUAAAAGAUCCAAGACAAAGGGCUCAUUUCUCCUGGCACUCCAUUCGUUUUGAUUGUGGAGGCGUGAGUGAACACUUAAACAUUAAUGUUCUAAUUCUUUACUUAAAAUGUAGCCACCUCCAGUUAUGUCUCACUGCAUGCUCUGUACAGUAGUAACUCCUUGAUAUUCUUUUUUACAUCCUUUCUCCUUUCUCACUGAGCUGUUUCGUUUCAUUUGUGCUUUUGUGUUUAAUUCACCUCAACUAAGCAUACAUGCAUAUGUAAUUACAGUAUUAAAAAAAAGUAUAUUUUAUUGGUAUUGCAAAUAUUGAUGAUAUUAAAAAGAUUUAAUUUUUUUUAUAAAAAGCAUUUAUGCAACAGUUA